AUGGCGGUCGAUCAGAUCCACUCGGAGUCGUCUCCGUACGCACAAGAGAAGGCCAGCUCCUCCGGCAGCGAAGUAAAAGGCUACGAACACGAUGGCGUCGGCAAGACGUCCUCGUUCCAGGCGGCUGAGAAGCCGGAGGAGCGUCAGCUCCACCGAGCGCUCAAGGGCCGACAGAUUUCCAUGAUUGCCAUCGGUGGUGCUCUGGGAACCGGUCUUAUUAUCGGUACCGGUUCGGGUCUGGCCAACGGUGGACCCGCAUCCAUCCUCAUCUCGUACUCUGUGAUGGGUUUCUGCUGCGCUGCUGUCAUGUCUGCGCUCGGUGAGAUGUCAACCUACAUGCCGCACCCGCGAGGUUUUGCCGGCCAUGCCACCCGCUUUGUUAGCGACGAGUUUGGUGUCGCUACCGGCUACAACUACCUCUUCAAGUAUCUCGUCGUCACCGCCAACAACAUCAACGCCGCCGCUCUCGUUAUCCGCUACUGGAAUGCCGACCUCUCCGGAGGUAUCUGGAUCGCCAUCGUCACCGUCCUGAUCAUCGCUCUUAACUUUGGAGGACCCAAGUGGUUCGGCGAGGUCGAAUUCUGGCUCUCGCUCGUAAAGAUCAUCACCAUGACCGGACUUAUCCUGCUCUUGCUGAUCAUCGACCUCGGUGGAUCUCCUACGAAGGAUCGCAUCGGCUUCCGCUACUUCCAGGACGGUCUCGCAUUCAGACCUUACCCCAAAACUUCGGGCCCCACGGGUCGAUUUCUCGGCUUCUGGAGCACCAUGGUCACAGCGCUCUUCGCAUACACAGGCGCUCUUCUGGUGGGUAUGGUUGUCCCCUCCAACGCACCCGAGCUGCUCGCCGCCAACAAGAAGGGAACCUCGGCCGCUGCCUCUCCUUUCGUCGUAGCCAUCGUUAGGGCUCGCAUUCGCGUCCUUCCGGACAUCAUCAACGCUGCAAUUUUGAUUUUCUGCAUCUCCGCCGCCAACUCGGAUCAGUACAUCGCCGCUCGAACGCUCUACGGUUUGGCCAUCGAUGGCAAAGCGCCCAAGAUCUUCCGCCGGGUGGACAAACGUGGUGUGCCAUACGUUGCGCUUUCCGUGACCGCGUUGUUCUGCGCGCUGGCGUUUAUCAACCUGGCCUCGGGAGGAGCUCAGACAUUUUCGUACCUCGUGGCGUCGGUGACCAUGUUUGGUGGAUUGACGUGGAUCUGCAUCCUUGUCUCACACAUCCACUUUAUGAAGGCGAUGAAGGCGCAGGGCAUGGACCGAUCCAGCUUGCCCUGGCAGGCACCGCUCCAGCCCUACAGCUCGUACAUCGCCGUGGUGUUCACUAGCAUCGUAGUUUUCUUCAAAGGUUGGAACUCCUUCCUCUUCAGUUUCAACUGGAGGACGUUCCUGACCAACUACAUCGGAUUGCCCAUCUUCUUCUUCAUCUUGAUUGGUUGGAAGCUGUGGCACAGGACCAAGUUCAUCAAGCCGGAGGAGGUUGAUCUGCUGACGGAUGUCAGGGAGUUCGACGAGCAGGAUGAGUUGGUUUGGAAGCAGGACGAGGAGAAGGCCAAGGCCGAGGUGGAGGGUGCACCGGUCUGGAAGAAGGCUUGGGUGUACGCCAAGAACUGGUAA